AUGGCUACGAAGGCUGUACACGUAGAAAUUGCAAGCGACUUGACGACGAACGGGUUUCUGGGAGCUUUCCGUCGCUUCAUCGACCGACGAGGCAUUCCGGAACAUGUGUACUCCGACAACGGUACAAACUUCGUAGGCGCGAACAAUCAGCUUCGCGAACUUUACGCCCUAUACCAGUCAGAAUCUUUUCAAACCACUGUAAAUGCGUUUGCUGUUGCCAAGAACAUCAUCUGGCAUUUCAAUCCGCCCCUCUCACCGCAUUUUGGCGGGCUCUGGGAGGCAGCGGUGAAAUCCUUUAAGCAUCAUUUCAAGCGCGUAAUAAAGGAACAACUGCUCACAUUUGAAGUGCUCAAUACGCUAGCGAUUGAGGUCGAAGCGAUAUUAAAUUCGCGCCCGCUUUGUUCAAUUUCGUCCGAUCCGAAUGAUCCGAUCGCGCUGACUCCCGCUAUUUUAUUAGCCGGACGUCCACUCACGAUGGUGCCCGAUCAUGAUCUCUCUUUAGGUCCAGAUAAUCGACUCUCGACCUGGAGAUUCAUCACGAAAGCCAGGACUUCUGGCGACGAUGGCAUCUAG